GUUCGGGGUGUCAAUUCCCUCCGAUCGCCCCGACAUCGGCGAAGAAUGGAGUGUGCCCUCGGUCUUGGUUACCUUUCCCUGCGGUCCUUUCCCCGCCGAAAAACCCUAUCCCCUCCUCCCGCGAGCUCCCUCGUGUGCGUCUCCCCACAAAUCUCCCUCCGCCGUCGAAACUCCGACCGGUGCGUCCUCUUUCCCUGCACGCGGACCCCAGCCCGCCCGCUCACGCGGUCCUCCACCGGGGAAAGCCCGGAGGGAUCGUCGGAGGAGGCGGAGGGAAUUUCACGUCAGGAUGAAAAGCCAGGGGAGGGGGAGAGGAAGGAAGCCGAGCCACCGACGGUGCUGGACAAGAAGGAGGGCUCAGCGACCGGCGAGACGCUAGCCGGCGUCCUGGAGGAGAUCCGCAUGAUCGAGUGGCCGGAGUUCGGGAAGGUCCUCGGCACGACGGGGGUUGUCCUGUCAGUCAUCGCCGGGUCCUCCGUCGUUCUUCUCACCGUCAACGCCGUCUUCGCUGAGCUUUCCGAUCGGGUUUUUGCCGGGAAGGGGGUCCAGGAUUUCUUUGGAUAGGGGAGACACGUGUCAAUCAUGGGACGGGGGAUGACACGGAGGAUUUGUGCCUUCCCUUGUGGAGAGACAUUGUCGAUCUUCUUUUGGCGUUUGUCCUGUGUAAACGCGAAAGUGAAAAACAUCCUUCUGUUUAAUGGACGACUUGUUCCGUUUCUUCCUUCUGUAUGUAAAA